AUGGGCUGUUGUGACUCACAACCUGAAAUUCCUCCGAUUCCAAAAAAUAACAAAGCUUCAAAUAAAACUGCAUUAAGUAGGAAAACAAGCGUUAGUCUAGGAAGAACUAAUAUAAGAGAUCUUUAUGACAUUGUCAAAACGAUAGGAACUGGUGGAUUCGGAACAGUCUUUAAAGUUAUAGAUAAACACACAGGUUAUGAAAGAGCACUAAAAGAAAUUCCAAAAGCAAAGAUAGGUGAGGAUUGUGAGACGAAAAUGCUUCAAGAAAUAGAAAUCCUCAAAGAAAUGGUAAAAAUUAAACAGAACCAUCCCAACAUAAUUAAAGUCUAUGCAGUCUUAGAAUCUACUGCGAAUUAUUAUAUUGUAACUGAGCUCCUAACAGGUGGUGAGCUUUUUGAGAAAGUUCUAAGUGAAAUGAGAUUUAGUGAAAACAAAGCAGCGAAAUAUCUUCAUGAUAUAAUGUCAGCAAUUAGUUAUUGCCAUUCUAAAGGCAUUGUACACAGAGACUUGAAACCUGAAAAUCUCCUUUUAUCCACAAAUAAGCCUGGAGCUUCCCUAAAAGUCAUUGAUUUUGGAAUUUCACAAAGGCUUAUACCUGGAACCAAAUUCACAAGCGCAGUAGGGACUUUACUUUAUAUGGCCCCAGAAGUAUUUUCAGGUCCAUAUGAUCAUAAGUGUGAUAUAUGAAGUGCAGGGGUUAUUUUAUACCUUAUGCUGAGUAAUUUCUAAUAAGGUGGCAGACCUCCAUUUGUAGGGCCAACUGAAAAAGAAGUCAAAAGCUCAAUCAAAGCUUGCAAGCUUAACAUGGAUAAAGGCUUUUGAAUCCACAUAUCGAAUCAAGCUAAAGAUCUUGUAAGCAAAAUGAUUUGCACUGACCCAAUUGAGCGAUUGACUGCUGAAGAGGUUUUAAACCAUCCAUGGGUUAGGUUGCAUGCAAAUAAUGAAAUCGCAGAAGCCCCAAUCAUGAGGCAAGCAAAAGAAGAACUUGAAAAAUUCAGGGUAGCUCUUAUUUAGGCUCAAUCAAAACUGGAAAAAGUUGUUUUGUCAUUUAUCGCUGCACAAGUGACAAAUCGAAAAGAAAGGCAGGAGCUUGAAAGUGUAUUCAGAGCUUUAGAUCAUAAUCUUGAUGGGAAAUUAACUAAAACUGACCUCACAAACGGCUCUGCAGCUUUGGGACUUAGUCAUUACUUAGACGUAGAAGAAAUAAUGAAAAGCUGCGAUAUUGAUGGUAGCGGAUUUAUUGACUAUAAUGAAUUUCUCAACUCUGCUUCUAACUCCUUCUAUCCGUGAGCGAACAAAACCAUAAGAAAAAUCCCUAUUUUUUGGCCUAAAACCCACCUCAAUGAAUAAACAAAAUUUUUUAAGAAAAAUUAUUUUGAUAUAUAAGUGACAAUUAUUAUAAUAAAAUCUUUAGCUAAUUCUGUUUAAUUUUAAACAGCUUGCAUUUUAGAACAUAAAUUUUACAAAUUAAAUUAAUAUUUGCUUUAAAAAUUAUUUGAAAUUUGGAUUUUUUAAUUUAUAAGAAAAAAAUUACUAUAUAAAUAUAUAUAUAUAUAUAUAUAUUUUAAAAAAAUAUUUAAACCCCCUCCUGAGCGAACAAAAAACAUUUUGUUCUCUCACGGAGGAGGGAGAGUAAGUGAAAUGAAAAGUCACAUAAGGAAAUAUUAAAAAAAGCAUUUAAAAAAUGCGCUGCUGGUGUAAAUGGGAAAAUUAUUAUAAAUGAUUUAAAAAAUAGCGUCCCAGGAAUCGAAAAUACAGAAUGAAAUCAAUUUUUGAUAGAAGCUGAUCGGGAUAGAGAUGGAGCGAUCUACUUGUAUGAAUUUAAAGUAUAUCUUGAGAAUAAAGAGUUUCUGUAG